UCGUGAGGCGUGUUCGCCUCAGAAAAACGCAACCCUUUGCAAAAGGAGCGGCUGGGCCCACCGAACAGAGCACUUCUAUCACGCAAUCCGCGACCCCCGGGAGGCGAACCACCCGGCGUCUCGGCAUCCCAUGGCGUCGGCGGGCGGCGGCGGCGCUGGAGGGAAGGUGUCGUUCAAAAUCAUCCUCACCUCCGACCCCAAGCUUCCCUUCAAAGUGUUUAGCGUGCCUGAGGCGGCGCCGUUCACCGCGGUGCUCAAGUUCGCCGCCGAAGAGUUUAAGGUCCCGCCCCAGACCAGCGCCAUCAUCACCAACGAUGGAGUUGGCAUCAACCCCCAGCAAAGUGCAGGCAACGUGUUUCUGAAACAUGGUUCGGAGUUGCGUCUCAUUCCCCGCGAUAGAGUUGGAGCCGUGGUUGUGUCUUUCUAGAUGAUACAAUACAUAAUGAGCAAAACUUGACAGAAUAAGAUUUGAUGUUAGCUGCUUGAUUGUACAAUGUGACAUAUAUGUUUCCUUUACAUGUUUUCCUGUUUGUA